AGAAGCGACGCAACGUUUGUUCUGUGACUAGGGAAGGCGGUGGAAUUUCUCGGGGGAGUCAUCGCAUUUUCCGUGCGAAAUCCUCACGGCGAGCUGGAUCUGCUUCUAGGGUUCUGCAAUCUCUCCAGCUCCAUGUCCGAGGGAUGAUCGAAGCUCUGGAGCGCGAUGGCUACGGCGACGCUUGCGACGGCGGCUGGAGCAGCUGCCCUGUAUUACUACUCGAGAUGGGGGAUUCCAUGGGGAAGGCGCGGUGUGGAUGAAUUUGGCGAGCUGGAUGAGGGCGGGGAAUCCAGUAGGAGCUCCAGCUCCAGCUCCUUGAGGAUGCCUCGGCUCGUCCGAGCUCCAUCGACAUGGCUGGAAGCUCUUGCCACGAUUAUGGAGACUUUGCGGUUUACUUACUCGGAGACUCUUGGGAAAUGGCCGAUUGGGGAUUUGGCGUUUGGAAUCAAUUACCUUCUCCGGCGUCAAGGACAUCUCCACGUAGCUAGUGUUUUCGCUGGCGAUGGUUGCCAGCUUACAGGCUUGGAGGUUGUGAAUACGUUGAAGGAGCUCUUGCGAUUGCUUCUUAUAUGUCUACAUUUUUCGAAGAAGCCGUUCCCUUUGUUCCUGGAAGAAACUGGCUUCUCUAAGGAUCAAGUGAUUCUUCAAGAACCGAAGGCUGCGCUGUUGAAGCCCGCCUUUUGUGUGUUGAGGGAUGACAAGACCGAAUCCAUACUUCUUGUCAUCCGUGGAACUCAUAGCAUCAAGGACACGUUAACGGCUGUCACGGGAGCGGUUGUCCCCUUCCAUCUCACGGUUCUGCAUAACGGAGGCGUGGAAAGUUUGGUUUUGGGAUAUGCUCAUUGCGGCAUGGUUGCUGCUGCAAGGUGGAUUGCUCAGCUAGCUACUCCGCAUUUGCUUGAAGCUUUAAAUAAGUCUCCCGGCUAUCGAAUAAAGAUAGUUGGUCAUUCACUUGGCGGCGGCACGGCUGCUUUGCUGACGUAUAUUCUUCGAGAGAAGAAGGAAUUCAGUUCAGCGAAUUGUGUAUCCUUCGCUCCUGCUGCUUGCAUGACGUGGGAGCUUGCGGAGUCUGGAUUGCCAUUUGUGACGUCUGUCGUAAACGGUUCAGACCUGGUGCCAACGUUUUCUGCUGCAUCUGUGGACGAUUUACGAGCUGAAGUGACAUCUUCUGCUUGGGUCAGUGAUUUCAAGGAGCAGAUCGAACGAACAAGAAUCUUGCGGACAGUGUAUCGUUCUGCUACAGCAGUAAGUAGCAGAUUGCCAUCAAUGGCAAGGAUGCGAACUGGAGUCGCUAGCGCGGGGGCUAUCUGGAAGCCAGUCAGCAGCAGCACCCAGGUUGUCAUGAAACAAGCGCAGAACGUUGCAAUGGCAGUUGUUCGGACUCGGCCAUCGCUCGGAUUGACCGGACUGUCUGGAUGGGCGUGCAUCGGGCCGCGUAGGCGUGCAAACACAGUAACGAGUACAGUGACGAGUAUUAAAGAGAGUGAAGGGGGAAUGGAAGAGGCUCCAAAGGCGGAUUCUCUUCCGUGCUCGUCCACCUUCACCGAGGUGGAAGAAACAAAGUGGUCUGUGGAAACUCAGGAGGAAACAAAGUGGUCCGUGGAGACUCAGGAGGACACAAAGUGGUCCGUGGAGACUCAGGAGGAAAUGGAGAUUGAAGCAGAAUUUCCCGGUUCCAGCUCCCAGGAGGCAGCGGAUCACGUAAGCAUUGGCGAGGAGUAUCUGUGGCAGGAGCUGGAAGAAGAACUCCAGCGGCAAAAGGAGGAGGAUCGCCUGGGGCGGGAAGAAGAAGAGCGAGCAGCUAAGGAGAUCACCAAAGAGGAGGAGGACGUGAUGGCGUCCGCGACCGAGAUGGGAAGGGACAUAGUUUUGCCAUCGGAAGAACAAGGCUGUGGCCGAGAGCGCAAUCGGUUCUAUCCCCCAGGUCGAGUGAUUCACAUGGUUUCGCCGCUGCCAGAGGACUCGGGCAGCGAUGGUGGCGAGCAGGAAUUCAAGGCGAGGGUGGGACUGUUUGAGACGAACAGGAGGCUAUAUGGGAAGGUGCGGUUGUCGCGAACCAUGGUGAAUGAUCACUACAUGCCAAUAUACAGGAAGACCAUGGAGCAGCUCAUACUGGAACUCGAAAGUCAAAAAUAAGUACAUUCCAAUGUUUCCUGUUCCUCCCAUUUAUAUGGGUUUGUAUAUAAGAGGAUUAAAGAAGGAAGUCAAAUUAGGGUUA